GCGGCCCCCGAGGAGCCGGGACAAUGUACGCGGGGCGCAAGAGGAGGAAGCCGGUGCAGAGGACAGUGAAGCCGCCGCCCCCAGAAGGUGUGAAGUCGAACCCCUCCAAGCGCCAUAGGGAUCGGCUGAACUCGGAGCUGGAGCGGCUGGCUAGCUUGUUGCCUUUCCCUGAGGAGGUCAUCUCUACCCUGGAUAAACUCUCCAUCCUGCGCCUCAGCGUCAGCUAUCUCAGGGCCAAGAACUUCUUCAACAUUGCCCUGAAGAGUCACUGCUCCAAAGCGAGAGCAGAAAGGAAUGGUGACCAUGACAAUGGGAGGACCUUGGGACUGGCUGACAGAAUCAUGCCAGAGGGUGAACUGCUAUUACAGGCUCUUAAUGGCUUUGUGCUGGUGGUGACGUCUGAAGGGUUGAUAUUUUAUUCCUCGCACACGAUUCAAGACUAUCUUGGAUUUCACCAGACAGAUGUCAUGCACCAGAGCGUGUUUGAGCUGAUCCACACCGAGGACCAGCAGGAAUUCAGGCGCAAUCUUCACUGGGCCCUUAACCCGCCUCCCACUCCUGAGAGCGAACCAUCGCCUGAUGGUGAAAAAAGUAUCAGCUCCUCCGUUAUCACUUACAAGCCCGGCCAGCUGCCUCCUGAGAACUCCUCUUUCCUCGAAAGGAGCUUUGUGUGCCGAUUCCGCUGCCUCCUGGAUAAUUCAUCUGGGUUCCUGGCUUUAAACCUUCAGGGCAGGUUGAAAUUUCUCCCCGGCCAGAAUAAAAGGUCUGAGGAUGGGUCCCCGCUGCCUCCCCAGCUGGCUCUCUUUGCCAUCUCCACUCCCUUGCAGCCCCCCUCCAUCCUGGAGAUCAGAACCAAAAACAUGAUCUUCAGAACCAAGCACAAACUGGACUUCACCCCCGUGGCGUGUGAUGCCAAAGGGAAGAUUGUGCUGGGCUAUACGGACGCGGAGCUGCAGGUGCGCGGCACCGGAUACCAGUUCAUCCACGCCGCUGACAUGCUGCACUGUGCCGAGAAUCACGUCCGAAUGAUAAAAACGGGCGAGAGCGGCCUGACCGUGUUCCGUCUCCUGACAAAAGAAAAUCGUUGGAAGUGGGUCCAAUCCAACGCUAGACUCGUCUACAAGAAUGGCAAACCUGAUUACAUCAUCGCCACGCAAAGGCCGCUUGUAGAUGAAGAAGGAGGGGAGCACCUUCGGAAGCGUUCUUUGCAUCUUCCUUUUACCUUUGCUACAGGAGAGGCACUGUUAUAUCAAAUGCCCUACCCGCUUCCUGGCUUCCCUGACCCUUUCCACAACAAAGGGAAAAACAACAGAUCCAAAAAGAAUUCUCACAGUAAAGGGGGGAGGUCCCAGAAGGACAAUGUAGACCCAAACUCUCUCCUGGGAGCCAUGAUGAGGCAAGAUGAGGCUGUUUAUGUCUCCCACCCAGCUUCUACUCCCAAACAUUCCUUCAGCAGCAAUCUCUUCAGCCACCUGGGAGAAUCUGGCUUAUUUGGGACUGGAGGAGAGAACUGGAAUGCGGUUGCUAAUCCAUUGUCCUCUGGGGAAAAUGGUCCCCAGCAGGAGCUAGAUGAUUUGAGGCAAGGGGACCCAGUGUUGACCACACUGGAUUCUCUCUCGAUUAGCAGUGAUGAAAACUGUUCAAAUACUGAGCUGUUUAGUGCUUUGGAGGGUCUGGGGCUGAAUGCUGAGGAUCUGGAGCUCUUGCUGUUGGAUGAGAGGAUGGUGAGGGUAGAAAUGGACUUGGAUUAUAGUCCGUCUCUGAACGAUCUAUUAACAAACAAUGAAAUCCUUUCCUAUAUUCAUGGUUCACUUGUAAACAAAGGUGAGGAUGAGCCCACUGGGGAGCAGCAGGCCUGUUCCUUGUCUGACCCAGGCCAGAAUCCAAGCAAAGACCCAGUGGUGUAUCCAUCUCAGAUGCCAGAGAAAGGAUCCCAGUGCUCACCCCAGCCCCCGUCACAAAACCAGCAGUCGCUGAUCUUGCAUCUCCCUCAGCAAAUGCAGCAGCACAUUGUGACCCAAAACCAGCAGAGCAGCCAGCCGUGGGAGCAGCUGUUGCCCUCAGUUCUCAGUCAGCCGACACCCUCGCUCGUGAAGCAGGCUGCUGAGGAUAAGCAGCAGCCUAGCAGCCUGCAGUGGAGGCCACCAGCAGGAACAGCCGAGCUUGGGCUGUCCCCGUUUGUACAGUCACCUCUUGGUCAUCAGCAGCAGAGUCCACAAUGGGUCAGACCUCAUGGAUCAAACCAUCUCCAUCAACCCAUAGAAAUCCCUUACCAACAUAAGCAACAUGGGCAGCAGCUGAAGAGCAACCUCCACACAGUGCAGGGAGCACAUCAACCACUCCUGCAGCAAAGCCAGCCCUGCAUCCAACAAAACCGGAUCCAGGCGCACACAGAGCCGCAGCUGAAACAAAAACACAACCAGCACUUGUUAGUGAAUGGGCUGUGCAGCCAUGACUCAUCCAACCAGCCAACCCUAGGGAGUAACACAUGGCAGGGCUAUAGCUACAGGCCUGCAAAUCAGCCACCCAGGGGGCUCCCAGCACAGACCGAUAGCUAUGGUGUCGAACAGGAGCUGAGCUCCCAGCUCUACCCAGCUCAGGUGCCAAACACAGGAGUGUCCACCAUUCAUUUUUACCUGAACGGGCUGUCCAGCAUGGAGAUGGGAGAUAGAGGAGCAUCCCAAGAAGAGAUGACUCCGUAUUCGGGUUUUGUCCCCCCUUCCUCAUAUCAGGUCAUUUCUGCAAAGCAACUGACCCCUGUUCCUUCAGUGUCCCAGGACCUGUGUCCAAAUUCAGCCUUGGAUCACUUUGUGAAUAUCCAUGGACAACGGGAAGCCUCCAUGCACUCUUACGGGACACACAUGCCGUUAUUACGCCAGGAUAAUAUCCAUAAGCCCGAAAAUGAUUGUGUUUUGACCAACGCUAAUGUGGGAUACCCCCGAGACUGCCUCCUGCCCAACAGAAACCCUGCUUCCUCAGACGAGCUGCAUUCCUGCACAGAACUGCUUCAAAAUCAUUCUAAACCCUCCAGCAGUGGCUUUUAUCUCUAAGAGUGGACGAUUAGAUUGCCCAAAGCUGGAUUAUUCAGACCAUAUGGAGAAAAAACUGUGUUAAAGUUAUGGAAAACAAGCAGCUAUUUUUUUCUGGCUAUUUUUAUCAACCUCACAUGGUAGUGAUUGUGACAGAGAGGGCUUGGCCAGGAGUGAGAAGGAACUUUACAUGGUGGAGUUUAAUUUUCACAAAGAUAUUACCGAUCUGAGCAUUAAUGUUCCACCUACAACAGUCUACUAGAGAGGCCGUGGCAGGGGGAAACAACUUUUAAUUCUUCACAACCCCUCUGUAAUGCAUUUGUAAAAAUAGUCAGGGCUUGAGCUUUGUACACAAAGUCUCAUUUGUGAGAUUAUCCUGGAAUGGCUGAGAGUUUUUUGUGUUCUUUGCUUCAUCAGUUGGGAGUUUCCAAAUGUCAGGGCCCUAUCUGUUUUCUUUCAUGUUUCCCUGGUAGGGUUAUCCAUUGCAGAAAGGCAAAGACAUCCAGCUACAAAGGAAAAUCGGCUUGGAAAUAUCUUGACCCAGCCUCAUAUCUUUCUUUUGUAGCAGUCUUUUAAAUUGAAUACAGAAUUAAUGUUUUGCUGUAGAAAACUACAUUUUAACAUGA